CCCCCCCUCCACCAUCACCCUCGGUCUCGCGACAGCUGCUUAACAUAAAAUGGCUACAAUGUAACAUCUUUGCCUUUUGAUGUGUCUUGCUGCUGCUCCGGGAGAAUUUGGGAUCUAAAGCCAGAACAAAAGCCCCUCCCCUGCAAGAUCUGCCAGAGAAAUGCAUCACCAGGAGAAGAGCCCCUCGCCAGUGCCCGGCAUUGCCCGCUCCGCCACGGCACUCGCUUACCACGAGCACUACGCCUCGCCCGGCCCCGUCAAGAGCAAAGCCCUGAAGACUGAGAAAGACGCGGCGUUGCCCUCCUUCUCCUUGGGCGCAGGCUACAAUGACCCGGCUGUGUCGGGCAGCCAGAUGCACCCAACGGGAAGUGGAGGCAGCGGGGCUCAAGCUCAGGACCUGCGGCUCCCGAAGCGCAGACCCCUCCCAGGGAAGCACUACCCGUGCUCCAGCUACGGCUGCAAACUGGCCUUCCACAGCAUGCAGGAGCUUAUGGAUCACAUGAGAGUCCACUACAGACCCACCCAGUCCCUGGAGGGUAAAAUAUUCCACUGCCCCACCCAGGGCUGCACGGACACUUUCCCCAGCAUGCAGGACCUGGUGGCUCACAUGAAGGUGCACUACAAGCCAAACCGCUACUUCAAGUGUGAGAACUGCCUGCUGCGCUUCCGGACCCACCGCUCCCUCUUCAAGCACCUGCACGUCUGCUCCGACAGCGCCAGCAGCCCGGCUCCGGCGCCGAAAGCCGAGAGGCCCACCCCACCUGCUACCUCCGGUCUGGAGAAGGACCCCCCGGCCAAGCCGCUGGAGGGGCUGCCCAAACUCCAGAGCGUCAUCCGGCACAUGGAGAAAGAAGCCAUCCUCCCCAGCAUGGACGCUGUCUCCACCGCCGUGCCAGCCUCACUCCCGACUAGUCUCCACGGCUCCCUGGAGUCCAUGCCCCUGGUCUCUCCGGCCUCCCACCCGUUCCCUCUGCUGGAACCCUCGCUCUUCGGGCCGUCGUCCUUGACCCGGUUCUCGGGCCAGCCUCACUCCUCGGUGCCGGGGCCUUUCCUGUCCUACAUGCACCCCUCUCCCUACAGCCUACCUCAGGCUUCGGUUCAGCAUCGCCUCAGGCCGUACUUGCCCAGCCAAGGCCUCCCCGUCUCCAACGCUGUGUGGAAGAAAAGUCAAGGUGUGUGUGUCGGCCCACGCCUCCCAUGCUUUGGCUCAGGUGUGACUUCAGGCCACUCCUCCAACAGCCGCAUCGUGUGGGAGCACACGCGAGGGCGCUACACCUGCAUGCAGUGCCCGUUCUCCAGCGCCACGCGGGAAGAGAUGACGCUGCACAUUGAGGAUCAGCACAAGAAUCCACCCCUGCCCGGCCGGCUGGAUGGAGAGAUGGACUUCGGCGUCGGCCUCGCCUCCUUCCACUCAAAGCUCCCGCCGGAGAUGGAGAACUCCCUGUACUCGCAGCUCUGAUGCCAGGGGCGGGGAAGGAGAUGUGCACGGGAAUGCCGUAGGAACGGGUGUACGUAAAGGCCAGGGCUGCAGCAGGAACCUACCCCCCCCGUCUUCCCAUGCUGUGUUUGCACCCCUCCCCUCCCCCCUAGCCAUGCCACUGACUUCAAACUGUGCACUGCAAAGAGUUUGGGCAGGGAGAGGCUUUUUCUUAGGUUUUUUUUUUUAAACUUUAAUUUAAGUCCUGGGAGCUUGUGUGUGUCUUCCCCCCUGCUCCAGAUCUUAUUGCUUCAGGCACAAGGGUUCUCUGUAGAGCCUGGUAGAGUUGCUCAGGAGUUAGUGGACUUCUUCUCGGGGGAUGAGGUCGCUAAGAAAUAAAUGGGAAUUGGACA